ACUGGUGUAUUUGUUAAACUCUGCUGUUAUCCAUAGGUUUAGUGAGUGUGAUUUAGAACUUCUUCUUCUUCUUGCAUCAAUCUUCAGGACUUUCAGCCAAUCUUGAGUCUUAUGAGCAGAGGGGGUGAUCCCAUGGAACAGCACAGCCUGAUUAGGGAUUACUGGUAUACAAUAAAAGCCCUGUAACAAGAGAAGACUAGUUCCCAUGUGCGAAAUGAGCAUCAGUCGGAAAGCGCACGUUAAAUCUCCAAAAUUUAAUUCGCAAAGGAUCCCAUCGACCCAGCAGUUAGCCCCUCAUUGAAAUGUUGAUUCAUAAGCUACUUUGUUGUCCUAAAAAAUCAAGACUAUUUCUACGCUCUGUUUUGAAAGAGUGUACUCGGGCAUAUGACCUUGAACACUCCCAUGUCAGUCGACAUUUCUCAAGACAAUAUACAACAGCAGCUCCUGAACAUGUUGCGUAUGUUUCAAGAUCCAAAAACAUUUUUGAAAAUCUUGCCUUGGAGGAUUGGAUUUACGAAAAUGGAGAUUUAGAAAAUAAGAGCUACUUGCUGAUGUGGAGUAAUGGGCCUGCUGUUGUGACAGGUCUGCACCAGAAUACAUGGAUGGAGUGCAAUGUGGCUAGGAUCCUGGCUGAGAAGGUUGAUCUGGCCCGACGGAAGAGUGGUGGGGGGACAGUGUAUCACGACACGGGGAACCUCAACCUCAGCUUUAUCAAGAGUCGACGGAGGUACAACAGGAAAGAGAACUUGGAGUUAGUGAAGAGCGCACUAGUAUCCAUGUGGGAUAUUGAUCUUUCAAUCAACUGCAGAGAGGACCUAAUACUAGAUGGGUUUUUUAAGGUGUCCGGUACAGCAGCCAAGUUGGGAGGUCAUCGGACAUACCACCAUUUUACUCUCCUGGUGGAUGUGGAUGUGGAGCGACUCGCUACCUUGCUACAGUCGCCCAUGAUUGGUGUUAAAAGCAAAUCAACAGAGAGUGUUCCAGCAAAUGUUCGCAACUUGGUUGUGUCUGCACCAUCCAUAAACAUCCCAUCAAUUUUGCAAUGUGUUGGGGACAAGUUUCUCCAUCAUAACACACCACAGGGAAACUGUUCCAUACGGCACAUCGAUACAAUCACAGAUUCAGAUUUUCCAGGAGUUUCCACAAAAAUCGAAGAAUUGAAAAACUGGGAUUGGAUUUUUGCAAAAACACCUCCAUUCUCAAUCAUCAAGUCCUACACUAAAGUCAUUGAUGGACAAAAGGUUGACCUUGACCUCAAUAUUGAUAUAGUCAAAGGUAAAAUUCACAAAAUAAAAACGAAUCUUACUAGUGGAGGACAAACAGCAGUUAGCAAUGACACACAUCUUCAACAAUACCUCGUGAAGCUGACUGACAAGCCUUUGAAAAAACAAGAGUUAUCUCCUUUUUUUCAAACUUUAAUCUCCCUGGCUAAUUCUGGAUACGAGAGUGUGGUAUUAAAAUCCCAUGUUCAGUGGGUUUUGGAAUGUAUAAGAAAGUCAUUGCUUAGUGAAUAAAAGAUGCAGCUAUUUA